CUCCAGCGCUUGCAGGCGCUGGGGAACCGAUUGCUCGUUCCUUUUCGGGUCCGGGGCGGGCGUGCCCCGGUGACGCCCACUCCCGGCUUGGGCCGGCGACCUAGCGGGCGGCGCUAGGACCCCAGCCCAGCUCCGCCUCCUUCGGGAGACCCUCGGGAGCCUCACAUGGCCCUCUCCAAGUCCGUGCUCGGCCCUGGGGCCCAAAAUAGCCCCUGGCGCUCGCCUUCCCCCACAGACGCGGGCAGAUGGCGGCGGCCCCAGAGCCCGCCCGGGUCCCUGCUGGAGGCUCCCCGUACAGGGAACCACCUCCAACCCGUUUCCAUGAGGUCCACGGGGUCAACAUCCGCGUGGACCCUUCGGGGACGCGGGCCACUCGCGUGGAGAGCUUCGCGAACGGCCUGUGCUUCAGUCGCGAGCCGCUGGCGCCAGGCCAGGUGUUCCUGGUGGAGAUUGAGGAGAAGGAGCUAGGCUGGUGCGGCCACCUGCGGCUGGGUCUGACCGCCCUGGACCCCGGCAGCCUGGCCCCCGUGCCCGAGUACUCGCUACCCGAUCUGGUCAGCCUAGGCCGGAGCUGGGUCUUUGCCAUAACUCGCCACCACAACCGAGUGGCCGCCGAGGGCGGCGAGGAGGAGCCGCCAGGCCGCCCACCGGGUCUGCUGGACGAACCCUAUUUGCACAUCGAGCAGCUGCGGAUCCCCCGCGACCGCCUGGUGGGCCGAAGCCGGCCGGGCCGCUACAGCCACCUGCUGGACCAGUUGUACGAGCUCAACGUGCUGCCCCCGACGGCACGGCGCAGCCGCCUUGGGGUGCUCUUCUGUCCUCGCCCAGAUGGCACCGCCGACAUGCACAUCCUUAUCAACGGGGAAGAUAUGGGCCCCAGCGCCCGAGGGCUGCCCACUACCCAGCCCCUCUAUGCCGUGGUUGAUGUCUUCGCGUCCACCAAGAGCGUACGCCUGGUCCAGCUGGAAUAUGGGUUGCCUUCCCUUCAGACCCUGUGCCGCCUUGUCAUUCAGAGAAAUGUGAUACAUCGGCUUGCCAUCGAUGGGCUCCACCUUCCUACAGGGCUCAAGGAUUUUUGCAAGUAUGAGUGAGGUUCAUACUAGCUCCAACAAACAGCAAUAGGUGCAGAUAGCAAUAAAAUUCCCUUGUGCCUGGUUUCACAAUCUCAGGAGCACCUUCCCCCAGUGCCCUUCGAUAAUGGCCAAGUCAAUGAGAAAGCAAGUCCUACAGGAGAAUGGGCUCCUCGGGGCCUUCAGGCCAGAAGUCACAAUAAAACGAUUGAUGAUUUCACA